GGAGGAUCAUGAAAUAUUUUUGAUAAUUAAUUUUAUUUCAUUAUAGCACAAAGGGGUUAAAAUGGGAAGAAGAAAAGUCGUGGGAGAGAGCGCGUCGGCAUUGGACGACGCAGCCGAUAAUAAUGUCUACAGUCACCGGGCAGUUCAUAUUUCCUUACAUCAAAGUCAAAAUCACUUCAUAAACCCAUCUCCUUCUUCUCUUCCCAUUCUUGCUUUACUUUAAUCAUUAACCUUCCACACGCAGAGACAGAGGAAAUCGUCUCUAAGGUGUUUUCAGAAUGGCAGGCAGAGAAAUUCUCCACAAGAUGAAGGCGGGUUUCUGCGGAUCCACUCCUGACAUGGGAAGAGGCAAAAGCAAGAUGUGGAAGAACAUCACUCACGGUUUUCACUUUGUCAAGGGCAAAUCAAGCCAUCCCAUGGAGGACUAUGUUGUGUCCGAAUUCAAGAAAGUUGAUGGCCACGAGUUGGGUUUGUUUGCCAUCUUUGAUGGUCACUUGGGGCAUGAUGUGGCCAAAUACUUGCAGACCAAUCUCUUUGACAACAUUCUUAAAGAGAAAGAUUUUUGGACUGACACGGAGAAGGCUAUAAGGAAUGCAUACAGAUCAACAGAUGCAGUGAUCUUGCAGCAGCAUCUCAAGCUAGGCAAAGGCGGAUCAACGGCUGUAACGGGAAUCCUAAUCGACGGUCAGAAGCUAGUGGUUGCUAAUGUUGGAGACUCGAGGGCAGUGAUUUCUAAGAACGGCGUUGCGCAUCAGCUCUCAGUCGAUCAUGAACCAAGCAAGGAGAGAAAAGAUAUAGAGAGCCGAGGUGGCUUUGUAUCAAACAUCCCAGGAGAUGUCCCACGAGUGGAUGGACAGUUAGCGGUUGCGAGAGCGUUUGGAGACAAGAGCUUGAAGAUUCAUCUGAGCUCAGAACCGGACAUAGCUAAGCAGGGAAUUGAUGAUAAGAUUGAGUUCAUCGUUUUUGCCAGCGAUGGUAUUUGGAAGGUAAUGUCGAACCAAGAAGCGGUUGAUGCGAUCAAGAGUAUCAAAGAUCCACAGGCAGCGGCAAAGCACUUGAUAGAGGAAGCUAUAUCUAAGAAGAGCAAAGACGACAUCUCCUGUAUCGUUGUAAAGUUCCACUAGUCUCUUCUCUUCCUUCUUAUUUUCAUUCUCAGAAAGCUUUUGUCCAUAAAUUACCAUAAAGUUUGCAAGAUAGAGAAAUGUGUUUUCAAGCUGUGUGUCAGUAAGAUCAGUAAUGAGGUUUCCCGAAGAUGUAAUAUAUUAUGGUAGCAUGUAUUUUCUUCUUAAUCGUUCACAAAUCAAUGAAAUAAUAAUUUGAGACAACCUGAAGAUACAAAAGGAAGAUAUGUGUCUUGGUCUAGUUCUUCUCAUCUUUUGAAUCUCCCAAGCUCU